GAGUACAUAGUUUGUAAAAUGAAGUUUGCUUCACUUCAGAUCUCCGUUCGACCGCAUCAACAUCUAUUCUUCUAGAAUUUUAUAUUUUUCCAUUUAGUCUAAAUCAUAUUUACUAGAUAAAUAUUUACUAAAUUUUGUUAUGGAUAAGAGAACCGCAACCUUGUUGCCAUAUAUUGUGGGUUUGAUAAGUCGCCAACCCGAACUUCGUGUGUCCAGGGACUACAUCAUUAAGCAUAUCCAAGAUGCAGUGAUGCACGAGCAUGUGUCUCCCUUUGGGUCUCUUAAAAACGCUGUAGACUUCGCUAUCGGAGUGGGGCAGACGACUAAAGUACUUACCCUUGUCGAUGAAGAAGUGACUUCUAUAGGACGUAUUCAAUUUGGACGACCGGUCUCCAAUGAAUUGCCUCCCGAAGCAAUGGUUACUCCUUCUCAGGCCCGAAAAUUCAUCAAGAAGAGGAUGCCAAGAUCGCGGGCCACGAGUUCUCCAACCCGAAAAGCCAAUGCACGCCUAGCCGUCGACAAGAACAAGGGAGGAUGUGUAGCGAAGGCUCCCAAGCGCCCACGCUAG